AGGGAUUUGCAUUCAGCAAUUCUAAGGGCUUCUCCAAACAACAGUUAAUUAUCUUUCCCAACAUCCUAUCAGAUAGGUUCUGGUCUUCGGUUCAAGCCGUGUGUCAUGGAUGAAACUGCUUUGUCCCUUGGAACCAUAGAUGUUUCCUACUUGUCCGCCUCCGCGGAGUGCAGCAUCAGUAGGUGUAAGCAUUCCAGCGAAGAGUUGGGAGAGUGUAACUCUAGGCCUACUCUCUUUCGCUCAGCUACUUUAAAAUGGAAAGAGACUCUGCUGAGCAGAAAAAGGCCAUUUGUGGGACGAUGCUGCUACGUGUGCACUCCCCAGAGCCGGGAUAAUUUGUUCAAUGCUAGUAUUCCUUCUCUGGGCCUACGUAAUGUCAUAUAUAUCAAUGAAACACAUACGAGGUACAGAGGGUGGCUUGCAAGACGGCUUUGCUAUGUCCUUUUUGUGCAAGAGAGAGAUGUUCAUAAGGGUAUGUUUGCCAAGAAUCUGACAGAAAAUGUGCUGAAUAACAGCCGAGUACAGAAGGCCAUUUUAGAUGAAGCUUCUGAAACAAGUGCUCCGGGGAGUUUUGUUCAGGCAGAUCCCAAAGCUAUCAACAAAGUGAAGAAAAAAGCUCGGAAAAUUCUGCAGGAAAUGGUAGCAACUGUGUCACCUACUUUAAUCAGGUUGACUGGCUGGAUAUUGCUAAAAUUGUUUAACAGCUUUUUCUGGAAUAUUCAGAUCCACAGAGGUCAAAUAGAAAUGGUCAAAGCAGCAACAGAGAUGAAUUUGCCUCUUAUCUUCUUGCCUGUUCACAAAUCUCACAUCGACUAUCUACUCCUCACGUUCAUUCUUUUCUGCCAUAACAUCAAAGCACCCUAUAUUGCAUCGGGAAACAAUCUCAACAUACCCAUCUUCAGCACAUUGAUCCGCAAGCUGGGAGGAUUUUUCAUUCGUCGGAAGUUAGAUCAGGGUCGCGAUGGCCGGAAGGACUUUCUGUACAGAGCUCUGCUCUACGUGCACGUAGAAGAAUUGUUGAGACAGCAGCAGUUUUUAGAAAUAUUCUUGGAAGGCACGCGGUCUCGAAGCGGAAAGACAUCCGGUGCUAGAGUAGGUCUUCUGUCUGUGGUCGUGGAUGCUCUCUUUUCAAAUGCUACUCCCGACGUCCUAAUUAUACCUGUGGGAAUCUCCUACGAUCGCAUCAUUGAAGGUCACUAUAGUGGUGAGCAGCUGGGGAAGCCUAAAAAGAAUGAGAGCCUUUGGGGUAUAGCUAGAGGAGUCUUCAGAAUGCUGCGGAAGAAUUAUGGGUGCGUCAGAGUAGAUUUUGCACAACCAUUUUCCUUAAAAGAGUAUGUAAACAGCCAAAGUCAAAAACCAGUGCCUGCUCCUCUUUCUUUGGAACAAGCUUUGUUACCAGCUAUUCUUCCAUCAAGACCGAGUGAUACUGUGGAUGAAGGUACAGAGGCUUCACUGCCUAACACCAGGGAUAUAACCUGUGAACCCUACAGGAGAGAGUUGAUAGCCAACUUGGCUGAGCAUAUUUUGUUCACUGCUAACAAGUCCUGUGCUGUGAUGUCUACCCACAUAGUUGCCUGUUUAUUGCUCUACAGACAUAGACAGGGAACUGAUCUCUCCAGGUUGGUAGAAGAUUUCUUCUCCAUGAAGGAGGAGGUCUUGGCCCGCGACUUUGACUUAGGAUUUUCAGGGAACUCGGAUGAUGUUGUCAUGCAUGCCGUGCACUUGCUGGGAAACUGUGUAAAUAUCACAAACACUAGCCGAAACAACGAGUUCUUCAUCACUCCCAGCACAGGGAUACCAGCUGUCUUUGAACUCAACUUCUACAGCAAUGGAGUAGUUCAUGUAUUCAUUAAAGAGGCCAUUAUUGAGUAUUGUAAAACAGGCUCGCUCUGCUCUUUAGAGGUGUCCAUCACCCGGCUUGCGGAUCUCUUAGAAGUUGAUAAAGAUGAAGCAUUAACAGAGUCAGAUGGAUAUUGUACAACAAAACUGAUGUAUGAAGUUGUUGACAACAGCAGUAACUGGGCAGUUUGUGGGAAAAGUUCUGGAGUGAUAUCUAUGCCCGUAGCAGCUCGACCUUGCCAGGUGAUAUAUCAAGUUUGCCAUGAAUCGGUGGAAAGGCUAAUACAAUAUGGGAUUCUUCUAGUGGCCGAGCAGGAUGAUCAGGAGGAUGUUAGCCCCAGUCUUACAGAGCAGCAGUGGGAUAAAAAACUCCCUGAACCUUUGUCUUGGAGAAGUGAUGAGGAAGAUGAAGAUAGUGAUUUUGGAGAGGAGCAGAGAGAUUGCUACCUGAAGGUGAGCCAGUCUCAGGAGCACCAGCAGUACAUCACUUUCCUGCAGAGGUUAUUGGGACCUUUACUGGAGGCAUAUAGCUCUGCUGUCAUCUUCGUACACAAUUUUAGUGGUCCUGUUUCUGAGUCUGAAUUUGUUCAGAAGUUGCACAGGCACUUAAUAAGCAGGACAGAGAAAAACGUUGCUGUGUACGCUGAGAGUGCUACCUACAGUCAUGUGAAAAAUGCAGUGAAAGUCUUUAAGGAAAUUGGAGUUUUCAGUCAGACAGAACAAAGGACAGACACUAUUUUGGAACUAAGCACUACGUUCCUACCUCAACGCAACAGGCAAAAACUACUGGAAUUCAUCAUGAGCUUCAUGGUAUUAUAGAGCAUGCAUAGCACCUCUGACCAGGGACAUGAAGAUGGGUUUGAGGCUCUGUCAAAGCCUGGCACAUUGCUAGUCCUUCAGAGUGUAAGGUGCCCCUGUUUGGGUAAGGCCUAUUCUGACUUGAACCACUGGAAGACAAGUGCCUUCUUACAUAUGCAUUUAUGGGUUUCUUACAAUCCCAGUCCUGUUGUAAUGCAGUGAUACUCAGAUGACACUGGAUGUAAAUGAUCAGACAUGUUGCAAAAAAAUAGACAAUUAGAAUUAGGUUUAAAAUGAAGAGUGACGUUUUAUCAGUGUUAUGUUUUAAGUAAAUAAACUUUUAAGACUGUAACAGAUGCACAAAUACAGAUAUUUGUGCUCUGCAGCUAAACCCGACAC